UGAGAGUAUUUAAAUAAGAUAUUCUAACAACAGAAGCAAUCAAAAGAAAGUCAAAAGAAGCAACCACAAAUAGAGAAAGAGAGACCUCAAUAAUCGAAAAGCGAUCAUCCAUCCAAGAGAUGCCGGAAUCCGGAAACCUCGCCGUAGUAGUAGUUGCAGUAGACGGCAGCGAAGAGAGCAUGAACGGCCUACACUGGGCGUUAGAAAAUCUCAAGCUCCGAUCACCUACACCCGAUUCCACCAACGCCGGUUCUUUCAUCAUCUUCCAUGUUCAAUCUCCACCGUCAAUCGCCACCGGUCUUAAUCCCGGUUCCAUCCCUUUCGGUGGCCCCAGUGAUCUCGAAGUUCCCGCGUUCGCCGCUGCGAUUGAAGCUCACCAGAAACGUAUUACCGAUUCUAUACUGAAUCAUGCUUUGGGAAUUUGCUCCCAAUUCAAUACUAAGGUCAGGACCCAUGUUGUUGUUGGUGAACCAAAGGAGAAGAUUUGCGAAACUGUACAGGAUUUGCAUGCUGAUGUGCUUGUGAUGGGGUCUCGAGCUUUUGGCCCUAUUAAGAGGAUGUUCCUGGGAAGUGUUAGCAACUUCUGUGCCCACCAUGCUCAUUGUCCAGUCAUUAUCAUCAAGGGAAAGGACAGCGUCAAUAAGGGAAACUAAUACACUUCUGCUCUGAUAUAUUGAUUUUAUGAGCAAGGUGCCACAUUUCAGGUGAUUGCGCUUGUCCAAUUGAUCAUGUCAAAAGCUUUUUCAUACUCUGGAUUUGCAAGUUUUUUUGCUAGUCAUGUCCCGUAGCUAAGCUUUGAAGUUUGUAUUGCCAAUGCUAGUCAGAUUCAGUUGCAAGUAUGAUUUUUCUCCGAUUGUGGAUAAUAGUGGUGUUACGCAUGUGGAAUUCUUGCAGUAGUGAUUUUCACCAUUGCUAUUAUAUAUUUGGUUGUUGUCGCAAGUGAUUCAAAGAGAAUUAUGACCACUGAAAGUUUGUAUUGUUUUUUAAUUUGUUCAAUGUUGUAAACAAAUAUUGGAUUAGUUUAGCAGUUAGAAUUGAUAUA